AGAAGCACAAAUUUAACAAAUAAGAAAACUAACAUGUAUGCUUAAUAAAAAGAAAGGCGUGUCUUCACAGGCACACGUAGGUGUAGGUGGGUUGAAAUAUUAUUAUUGGCAAUCACUACGUUUUCCUCGCCAAAUGGCACAAGCUCAUAUAAUGUGCAAUGCAUGUAGGUUUUGAUUUGAUUGUGUGUGUGGUGAACGUGUGAAGGGGCUUAGCCCUGCCCUCCACAGCAUCCUGUUGUUAUCUACGCAGUCCGCACUUGAGCUUCACACAAUUGGCUCAUUAAAGAAAAAAAAAAUCUCUAAAAAUUACAUAAUGUUAAAAGUUUAUGAUCCUGUGGGGCUGCGUUCAUGACUGUCCAGGGACACAGGCUGGACAGGCCAGGUUUAGUGGUAGACUACGGGUGCGUGUGAUGACCCAAAUGAUGUCACCAAGCAAGAGGCUGUGACACCAGCAGGCAAGAGAUUGUGUGUGUGUGCGCAGCUGUCACUGCUUGUGUUGAGGCACUGGCAGAACCUGGCUCAGUCUGGCUUGUUCCUGGAUUGUGCUGAGCGUUACUGUGAAGCUUGGAGGUUAAGCGAGACUUUGUGCUGUGCUGGGUUGUGCCUGUGACUGCUUGCAGCAGCUCUCAGUGUCCAUCCGCACAGCAUCACUCAUUUCCCUGGCCCUGCCCCGCGCAGGCAGCUGGGACCCAGCAGGACGUGCUUGCAGCAGCAGAGCACUGGCGAAGGAGAGCAGCUUGUCACCCUCUGCUCUCCCCACCUGCAGCAGCGAGAAGACCAUGGCUGCAACAGAGGAAUGGAUGUGUCCUAUCUGCCGCGAGGUGCGACAAGACAUUGCGACUACGACCCCAUGUAACCAUUUGUUCUGCCUUGGCUGCAUCCAGCGAUGGGCAAGGCUGAGAGCCAGCUGCCCACUCUGCAGGAUUGCUAUGAAGACCAUCAAGGUUUCUGUGUGGGGAGACAAACAAUACAUAGAAUGUGUUGUCUCCCCGCCUGCAGUGCCAGUACCUGCCAGCUUUCAUGAUAGCACCAGCACUGUCCCUGCUGGCACUGUGGCUCCAUCCUCCCUGCUACUGCCACCUGAGCAGAGGGGUACAGGGCCAGAACUGAGAGAAAGAGUGGGAGGCCUCUUGCCACAGGAGUGGGCAGCGCUGUUCAGGGAGCAACACAGCAUCCUCAACCCUGUGCUGCCCUCCCUGCACCAAAAGCUCUCUUCCAUCCCUGGGAUCAACUGGUGGCAGGUCCGAUCAGCGGAGAGCCUCUUCCUGUGUUGCUUAUGUCAGCUGGGGCCAGACAGGGAUGCCAUGCUCCAGUGUAUAGAGCCCAGCAUGGGAUCCAUUGCCCUGCCACUCAUUGUCUGGCUCAUAGACACCAUUAUCAGCCGGUGCAGCCAGGAGGCCCGGAGGCUACGGGGUCUUGAGGAUGAUGGAACUGCCCAGGAGCUGGAGGACAGCCCCAUAGCUGCCUCUUCACAGACGACUCUCACCCCCAGCUCCUCACCUGCCAGCACCUCUGCAGAUCCAGACGUGCAGGAGCUCCCUGGCACAUUAAGCGGGGUUCCCCAUGGGGAUGAUCAUAAGCUCCCCUCCGUACCCAGCUCUGGGGAGCAGGAGCAGCCCUUCGUGCCAGGGCAGGAGGCAGCAGGGCCCAGUGCCCAGGGCUACAGUCGCAGGCGCUCCACUCCCAGCUGGGGCAGGAAGCGCUCCUCUAGGAGUACCCAGCGCCCCAAAAAGAGGAGGGCCAACAACACCCAGGAUGCUCCCCAGCCCCGCAAGAGGCUGCCUCCUCCUCUGCGUAAGCAGAGCUUACGAUCGUUUAUAAAGCAAAAAUAAUUAAAAAAAAAAAAAAGUAGACUAUUCCACAGACAGAGUUGCAUUCUUACUCUAAACAGAGCUACUGCUGCCAUGUUCAAACUGCCACUCCCUGGAGGUGCUUAGGUGUGUAGGUAUGGCAACUGAAUUUAGCAAGGGAUAUGAAAAAUAAUAAUAAGGGGUUCUACAGUUACAUAGACAGGAUAAGACAGAUGAAGGAGAAUAUUCCCACUCUGAUAAAUGAGGGUGGAGAACUGGCUUCCUCAGACAUGGAAAAAGCUGAGGCGCUCAAUAAGUGCCUCACCUCAGUCUUUACUGGUGGUCAGACUCCCCACAUCUGCCAGGGCCAUGAAGCUGUAGGUGUGGGUGAGAGGAGUGGAUUCCAUCCCAGUGUGAAGUAGAACAUGCCUGAG